AGGUAUAGUGUAACAUGUUACAGUCUACUGCCCUUAAAGGGUUUAAGAACCCUUAAGAACCCUAUGAACAAAGUCCCCUUGAUAUGGAGUUCUCUUAUGGAGUUUCCUCCGGUUCUCUUAUGGAGUUUCCCCCAGUUCUCUUAUGGAGAUUCCUCCGGUUCUCUAAUGGAGUUUCCUCCGGUUCUCUAAUGGAGUUUCCUCCGGUUCUCUUAUGGAGUUUCCUCCGGUUCUCUUAUGGAGUUUCCCCCAGUUCUCUUAUGGAGUUUCCUCCGGUUCUCUUAUGGAGUUUCCUCCGGUUCUCUUAUGGAAUUUCCUCCGGUUCUCUUAUGGAGUUUCUCCGGUUCUCUUAUGGAGUUUCCUCCGGUUCUCUAAUGGAGUUUCCUCCUGGAAUAUGGAGUUAGGUGCAUCUACAGUGGAAAAUAAAUACUGCACCUUAGCACACAUGCACUCACUCACACCUACACAGAUAUACUGUACACUCAUCCACACACACCCUCAUACAUUCAUGCUACACACAAAUACAAAUACUCAGCCCUGCCACUUCCACGCUGCCAGAUCGUAGCCUCUGCUCAGUCAGUCUGCAUUUCAAGCCGUUUGUUCCUGCAUAGAUCUUGUUAUCCUAUGUUGCCUGUUUUCCCCAGCCAUACGCUGCUUUUCUCUCCACUCUCCGCUUUUCAAUAAAUACCUUGGUUACCUUCUUCAUGUCUCCUCGUCUGAGUCUGCACUUGGCUUCACCUGCUCCACCCCGCUAAAUACCUCACAAUUUAAACACUUGUCCCCCACACUCUCCCCCAAUCCCCCCUUCCCCAAAACAUGUGUAAAUAUUGAACUAUAAAUUGUGCCUUCCUGUAUUAUUAUGCUAAAAAAUGUAUUCUACUGAGACAUUUACUUUGUUUGUAUUCUUAACUGUUCUUAUUUCUUAUUGUUGCAUUGUCGAAAAGGAACCUGCAAGUAAGCAUUUCGUUGGACGAUAUAUACCAUGUGUAUCACGUAUAUACGACUAAUAAAACUUGAAACUACAGUGUAAAAGAGACACUGUAAUUUAAUCAUAUGAUGAAUGUAUGCUUGUACCAAGUGAAACAAACGGUAUUUUCAAGGAUGCAAUGAAUUUACAAGCCCUCUUUUGUUGUAGGUCUUAAGCAAUGCCCGUCUGUUCUUGGAAAACCUUUUAAAGUAUGGUAUUCUAGUGGACCCAAUACAAGUGGUUUCUCUAUUCAUAAAGGACCCCUACAACAUGCCUGCAGCGUGCCUUGUUAUCGUGUCCAACGUGUUUAUAGUGGCAGCUUUGUACACAGAGCGAAGGCUCUCAGUGGGCUGCUUCAGUGAACGUGUUGGGCUGCUGGUUCAUUCCAUUAACCUGUCAGUCACACUGUGCUUCCCGGUGGCUAUCGUACUAAUGGUGAAGUCCAUGACUCCAGUGGGUGGAGCGUCUGCUCUGGGAGUGUACACCGUCCUCUUCCUGAAGCUCUACUCCUACAAAGAUGUGAACAAGUGGUGUAGAGAGAUGAGCCACGCUAAAGCCCGUAGCCUGGCCCGCUCCCUCUCAUGUUCCUCUCUACCACGGUCUAAGGGAAGUGGAGGGGACUAUCAGGUCUCCUAUCCUGGAAAUCUCACCCUCAGAGAUUUGUAUUAUUUUGUUUUUGCACCAACCCUCUGCUAUGAAUUAAACUUCCCCCGGUCUCCACGGAUUCGAAUGAGCUUCCUGCUAAGGAGGCUUUUUGAAAUGCUGUUCUUCACCCAGUUAUUGGUGGCAUUAACACAGCAGUGGAUGAUACCCAUUAUUCAGAGUUCUAUGAAGCCAUUGGAGGAUAUGGACCUCCCUAUGAUGAUGGAGCGUCUACUCAGACUAGCCGUGCCCAAUCAUCUUCUCUGGUUGAUAUUCUUCUACUGGUUCUUCCACUCGUCCUUGAACUUUAUUGCUGAGCUCCUGCAAUUUGGAGACCGGGAGUUUUACAGAGACUGGUGGAACUCUGAGACCAUCACAUACUUUUGGCAAAACUGGAAUAUUCCAGUACACAAGUGGUGCCUUCGCCACUUCUACAAGCCCCUGCUGAAGAGUGGAGUCAGUAAGUGGCUCGGCCAAUCAGCAGUGUUCCUGGCUUCAGCCUUUUUUCAUGAGGUGAGGUGCUCUGCUCCUAGCUGGGUGAAACCAGACUGACCGCUGUGCUCAUCGUUACUAUUCCUAGUGAAGUGAAACAGAAUGUUAGCUUCAUCAGGCUGGUGUUUAACGAGGAUACUCUGCUGCUACAACAGCUCAUAUCGUCACUGUCUGACCAAAACAUACAUUCGCCAAAACAGCAACUUUUCAAAGAGAAAAAAUAAGAAGAAAACUGUUUUCCAUCAACGAAUAUAGAAUUAUGACAAUUUACAAGCUAUUUUGAAUACAUGUUCUUGGUUCUAAAGACAUGAAAUGUUCAGAGUACAUUGAGGUUAGAUACCACUUUCAAUAAAUGUAAAACAAUUUAAAUUGGCAAAAAUGUAGUUCCAAGGUUUUCAUCAGACAAUGACUAUAUACAGUAUUUAUACCAUUUGUGAAGAAAUCCUGCAUUUUAUCAGACUACAGUUUCAUAAUUGCUGAGAUUGCUAGUCAGAUUAGACUUUAAAGGCCACAUAUAUAGUUAUUGUAUGACAGUACAGUUGCUAUACUACACAGUGGCUAUACUACACAGUGGCUAUACUG